AUGACUACCCCCCUGCCUAGCGGCUUGGCUCCUCGCACGGGACUUCGCCAGAUCGCCCCAGUCGGCGACGCUCCCGACGAUACGACCAUCGAUAUUAUUGCAAUCCACGGCUUGGGCACCGAGUCGCCGCGGACAUGGGAGUUCAAGACGAAAGGAGGAGGCAGGGUUGUGAAGUGGCUGUCGGACCGCGACAUGCUGCCAGCAGCCCUACCAAAGGCCCGCAUAUUCACCUACGACUGGAAUGCAAACUACUUUGCAAAUGCGUCCGUGCAAACGCUGCUCGGCCAUGCCGACGCGCUGCUCGGUCUCAUCGCCGAAGGUCGUGGCUCUCAAACGCGACCUAUCAUCUUCGUCGCGUCUUGUUUUGGCGGGCUUAUCCUGGCCGAGGCUAUGAACCGAGCGGCCCAAGAAGGCAGCGUCUACAGACAAAUUCUGCUUUCUACAGUUGGAGCUGUGUUUCUUGCCACUCCAUUCCGCGGUAGUGAUGCGGCUGAACUGGCUCAGUGGCAAGUCGUCGUCGGCGGUAUUAUGGGGAAGCAAACAUCAAAACGGCUCAUCGCCGCCCUCAAUAAGAGCGACAGAGAGCUCCAGAAGUUGACCCAGUCCUUUGCCGAACUCGCCAGGAGUGACUUGCUCGUUACCGAGUUGUCAGCCUGCCUUGAUACCUUUCCACGGAAAGGCCUUGACGCGACGCAUUCGGGCAUGAAUAAAUUCCAGGGUCCAGAAUGCCCCAGCUUCAAACUCGUUAAAGAUGCUGUCAAGCAAUUCGCUGGAAACGCAUCGGCCCUUUUGAUAUGCCGGACGAACUAUAAGCCGGCAAUCUCUCUCCUAGGCGGGCUAUUACGCCCAGAGUCCUGCCAACAUGGUGAAGCCGCCGUGGAGCGGCACUGGAUCGUCCCGUUCGGACGUAACAAGGAAUUCGUCGGCCGCGAAACGAUUCUCACCGAUCUCCUUGCGAGGAUCCUCCCUAGUAGAAACGAACAUGAUUGCCAGCGGACCGCCAUCGAAGGUCUGGGAGGGAUUGGAAAGACGCAGAUAGCUCUCGAGGCCGCCUUUCGCAUCGGCGACGCGCAUCCGGACUGCUCCGUCUUUUGGGUUCCCGCUGUGGAUGCCACCACUUUUGAGAAUGCGUACCGCGCUAUCGGCCAGCAGCUUAAGGUACCGAGAAUCGACGAAGAGAAAGCAGAUGUCAAGGCACUUGUUAAGGCUGCCUUAAGCCACCAGAGUGCGGGCAACUGGCUUUUGAUCAUCGACAACACCGACGACACAGAGCUACUCUUCGGCAACACUGCCCUUACCGACUAUCUUCCAUUCAGCCGGAAAGGUUCUAUCCUAUUCACAACGCGAGAUCACGAACUUGGAGUAAGGCUAGUUGAGUCUGAAAGUCAUAUUAUCUCAGUUGAAGAAAUGAGCAAAGACGAGGCCCUUAAGCUGUUACAGAAAAACUUGAAGAGUGAUCAGAUGAGCGAUAUAAGAAGUAACGAAGCGCUGCUAGAGUUUCUUGCCAACCUCCCUCUGGCGAUACAGCAGACCUCUGCUUAUAUGGCCAAAAAGCAGAUCUCGACUGCGCAAUACCUUGAGCUGUGCGAAUCUAGUGACGAGGACAUGAUCGAGCUGUUGAGCAGGGACUUUGAGGACCGACACCGAUACAAAAGCAUUCAAAAUCCUGUAGCUACAACAUGGCUGAUUUCAUUCCGGAACAUCUCGGAUCACGACCCGCUGGCGGCUAAUUAUCUCAAAUUUAUGUGCUUCCUAGCUGGGAAGGAUAUUCCACGAUCUCUGCUGCCGCCGGCCGGGAGACUAGAGGCUGUGGACGCAAUCGGGACUUUGAAGGCCAUGAGCAACCUCGCGAUUGUGAUUGAUAACCAGGGGAAGUACGAGGAGGCCGAGCAGAUAUAUCGGCAGGCGCUACAGCUGACGGAGAAGGUAUUGGGCAAGGAGCAUCCCUCGACGCUUAAUAGCAUGAAUAACUUCGCGAAUAUGCUUGAUAGGCAGGGGAAGUACGAGGAGGCCAAGCAGAUGGAUCGGCAGGCGCUACAGCUGAGGGAGAAGGUAUUGGGCAAGGAGCAUCCCUCGACGCUUGAUAGCAUGAAUAACCUCGCGAUUGUACUUGAUAGGCAGGGGAAGUACGAAGAGGCCGAGCAGAUGCAUCGGCAGGCGCUGCAGCUGAAGGAGAAGGUAUUGGGCAAGGAGCAUCCCUCGACGCUUACCAGUAAGAAUAAUCUUGCUGCCUGUCUCAGAGCCAGAAGGUGAAGGGUUAGUUCCGAUUCCUAGCCUAAGGCACAUUCAUCUACUGGUUAACUUGCUCUCUCUUAUUCUCUUUAUUUUUCUUUUCAUAGCGCGCCACAGGAAGGCUCUGGGAGGGCGGGUUACUAUAUAGGCAUCAUCUUAUUCUAUCUAGCACCUUCUAGUGCCUUCGAUGCCUUUCUGCCGGCAAGUGCCUGUGUAAGUGAGGGCAGGUACGCCUGAUUAAGGCGGUCACGAUGUGGGCAAUGACUGGUAUUGGUGUGAGACUUCAACCUGGCCCUCGCAAAGGAAGGGC